AUUUUAAUAUUAUUUGCAUUAAUAAAAACAUAUGAGAUAUCCGUAAGUAUUCGUAAAUACUCGCAAAUAUCUAUUUAUUUUCUGGAUAUCCGUUUUUCCGAAUAUCCAUAUUUUUCCUAAGCAAAGCAAAUCGAAAAAUUAGAUAUAUGUUGCAUACGAAGCAAAUCACAAACACCUUCAAAAAGUCUGAUAUCUGAUCUGUGCCCAGACCUAGUAUAUAGUUUACACGAUAAACUUACCUUUUAGAUAUUAAUAAAUUUUAUUAUACGGAGAAUCUCAUUAAUUACAUAACAUUAAUUUUGUUCUUCAAUAUAUUCUUUUUGUUAAGAAUGUGAAAAAAUGAACAUAUGAUACAAGUUGGUAGCUUAGAUCCCAUUCUGCUGUGAAAGCAGAUUGGUUAUAACUUCUAAGUGUGCAAAUUCUUCAAUAUAUUUCAGAUUUAGUUAUACAUUUGUUAAUUAUACUGCAAUAAUAAAAAUAUUAAAUUUGAAAUAAUCUAGAUAGGUUAGUAUCUAUUACAAUAAUCUGAUCUUCUACUAAAAUAUAUUACAUAUCUUAAAUGGUAAAUAUUAGUAAUGGCACAUGCCGAAAAUAUCUUUUUAAAUUACAUAACAUUAUAUGGAGAAUCAUUAUAUAUUUUUUUUUUUUUGAAAAAAGAAUCAUUAUAUUUUCAUUGUUUUAUUGUCACUUAUUUGAUUCCGAUUGUGUAGUCGGAGAAAUCUGAAGGUCUUAACUAUUAUACUUUUUUAGUCAUCAACUCAACACAACAAAAUAGUAACUUAAUCAACAACAAAAGUUGAAAAACAAUUAUUUUUGAUUAAUAAAAGGGAAACUUAAUUAAUUGUGUAAAUUUGAAUGGAUCUGCAAUAUAUUCUAUCUUUCUUUGUCUGUAUAGAGGCAUAAUGACCAAGAUAUAAAGUUAUAAGAGAGACACAAUUAUCAAAAGAGGAUCAGUCUAAUUAGAAAGACAAUGCUGGUGGUCUUCAUCUUUUUUGCGUUUGGAUUUGUCUUUCUCUCUAUAUUGAUUCUUCACAAAUCAGUAUCUAAGCAAAAUGAAACAACAUAUCAUCACUCAUCUCUAAGUGGUAGCAUGGGAUGGCCGUUUAUUGGAGAAACCAUUUCUUUCUUCAAGCCUCAUAGAUCAGACUCCAUAGGCACAUUCUUGCAACAACAUGUUUCACGGUAUGGAAAAGUAUUCAAGUCAAAUAUAUGUGGUGGUAAAGCCAUAGUCUCAUGUGAACAAGAACUCAACAUGUUCAUACUUCACAACGAAGGGAAGUUAUUUACAUCAGAUUAUCCAAAAGCGAUGCAUGACAUUCUUGGCGAAUAUUCCCUCUUAUUAGUCACUGGAGAAGUUCACAGGAAACUAAGAAAUGUUAUCAUUAGCUUCAUCAAUCUUACAAAGUCGAAACCUGAGUUUCUUCUCUGCGCAGAGAAUCUCUCCAUCUCGAUGCUAGCGUCAUGGAAAAAUUGCCGAGAAAUCGAAUUCCAUAACGAAGUUAAAAUGUUUACUCUUAGUGUUAUGGUUAACCAACUCUUGAGCAUCAAACCAGAAGACCCAGCAAGACGUUAUGUAUUGCAAGAUUUUUUAUCUUAUAUGAAAGGGUUUAUAUCGUUACCAGUGCCGCUUCCAGGAACGGCUUAUACAAACGCAAUUAAGGCUAGGAAGAGAUUGUCCGCGAGGGUUAUGGAGAUGAUAAAAUCCAGAGAAAAUAAAGAAGAAGAGAUGAAUAAAGCAUUACGAGAAGAAGAUUUUCUAGAUGUGCUAAUGUCAAGUGAGGAUCUAAACUAUGAAGAGAAAGUUAGCAUUGUACUAGACAUUUUGCUUGGGGGCUUUGAAACAAGUGCAACUCUUCUUUCCUUGGUUGUCUAUUUUCUUGCUAAGUCUCCAAGCCUCCUUCAAAAACUCAAGGAAGAACAUGAAGCCAUUAGAGCCAAGAAAGGAGAUGGAGAACUCUUGAACUGGAAAGAUUAUCAGAAGAUGGAAUUCACCCAAUGUGUCAUGUCUGAAGCACUGCGAUGUGGAAAUAUUGUCAAGACGGUACAUAGAAAAGCUACCCACGAUAUUAAAUUCAAAGAAUAUGUGAUUCCAAAGGGAUGGAAGGUGUUUCCUAUUUUCACAGCAGUACAUCUUGAUCCAUCUCUCCAUGAAAAUCCUUUUGAAUUCAAUCCCAUGAGAUGGACCGAUAAGGCCAAGAUGAACAGAAAAAUGACGGCGUUUGGAGGAGGAGUAAGAGUAUGUCCUGGUGGUGAACUUGGAAAACUCCAAAUUGCUUUUUUCCUUCAUCAUCUUGUCCUCUCUUAUAGGUGGCAAACAAAGUCAGAUGAAAUGCCAAUAGCGCAUCCUUACGUGGAGUUUAAGAGAGGCAUGCUUUUGGAGAUCGACCCAACAAGUUAAACCCAUGAACAUUAUAUAACUGCUUUAAUAAGGAAUCCAUCUUUUUUUUUGAUCAACCAAGGAAUCCAUCUUAGAUGUAACUUUAAUGUAACUUUCAAACAAUUAAAAAUUCCAGUGUUUCAACAACAUUGACUUAAUAAUUGUUAGAUGUUAUUGCUUCCGUCA